UCUCUGUUCGAGAGGAGAGAGUAAUCAUCCAAAAAUCGAUCUGGAACGAGCAGUGGUCUGUGAACUCGAGCUGUGAGAGUGCUGAGACUGUUUGGUUGAUAUCUCGAGUUUUACUAAUCCAAUUAAGGCGUGUGAGAUACCAAAAGAAAGCUCUUAAGACGAGGAAUCCGUGAAGGUCUAGUUUGCAUCAAUCGGAGUAGAGGAAGGCUUCCAAAUCGUCCGAGCAGAACGCGACCUCGCAGGAACGGAUUUACUCUUCUAAGAAUCGAGUUAGCCGGAAAACACCCGUUCUAGGGGCUGUUUUCGUAUCAACGAUUAGGGGUUGAAAUAGCAACUUGAGGAGGCUGUUUAGAACCCAUUUUCAAGCAAGGAACUAGUUCCCAAUCUUCCUUGGCCGAGGCUUUGGUCAUUGGAUCGAGAAGGAAGGUUUUAAAGCUCAUUUGAGGUUGAGGCUAGAGCUUGCUUCCUGUGCUCGUUGCUCGAGAGAUCAUCUAGGAGGGAAGACUUGUGAUGGAGGGUGAUUGUGGUACUAUGAAUAGGGAGAACUCGGAAGGGUUUGCACCGGGUGGAACCGGGCAUGCCAACCGAGAAAAGCCCGUAGGAAUAAAGGUUCACGAAAUUCUAGAAGCUCAAAUCGUGAGUGGCGGUCAUGUUAGAACCAAUGAAGAAUCACCUUGUCAUAGCAAAAUUGAAACACUCAAGGUUUCGGGUGACGAGGGAGAUGAUUUGAGUGAUGAGAACCUUGAUGGUGCACCCAUUGAACAAAUGGGCAUGGUCAUAGAUUGGCUUCAACGUGAACGUGUGAGGCUUAUACAAAAACGCCAAGCUAGGCAAGCUGAGGGCAUACCGUUAGUAAGGAAAAGGAGGUGGGGAGACAACGAUUCCCAAAGACAUUCAAGAAGGACAAACGUUGAGGGUGACAAAACCUUCAGGGCGCAGACACUAUCACUUGAGUGGAGUCGGGGCUCGGGUGGCCAGAACUCGAGGUCAAAGGGUCCGAGGGUACCUAGGUGCAACAAUUGCAAGAAACACCACUCGGGUAAGUGUCACGACCCUCCUAAGUGCUAUCAUUGCACAGAGGUCGGGCACACGAGAGUGAGCUGCCCACAAAUUGUGCAAAACCAAACUUCGGGGUCAAGUGGUGGAACUACAAGAAAUGAAAAUCAAACCGAGGUUUCUCAAGGGAGCAGGGGACAUGGGGGAGCAAGCACGAGCAAUGCGCCAUCCGUGAACCAAGGAAGGACCCAAGCUAGGGUCUAUGCGAUGACAGAGGCGGAUGCUCAAGCUAACCCGGAUUCCGUUGCAGGUUGAGGCUAGAGCUUGCUUCCUGUGCUCGUUGCUCGAGAGAUCAUCUAGGAGGGAAGACUUGGUUCGUGCUUCCUCCAUUCGUUUUUUAAACAUUAAUAAACAUGCUCAUGGAUAUUUUACUUUAGAGCCUGCGUGCUCAUGAAUAGCCCUGUGUGGCCCUUUGUUUUAAACAAUGUUUUCCGCUGCGUUAUGAAUUACUUAUUAUGUUUGUUUAUGAAUGUUACGUGUGUGAAUGAUAUUCAAGACGCCUUGUAUAAUAUGAAUGUGUUGGACUGCGGUUGACUA